AUGAGCGAAAACAGGGGACUCUUUGUCCGCAUCUCCUCCCAUGGUAAAUCCCGGCUGGCAGUGUCUACUCCUCGAAGUGCGAUUGCCCUGACCUUCACCGACUCGGGCAUUGCUGUUAGAAUUGGCCUCAAAAAUUGCGAGGCAACAUCUUGGCCCAGGGUCAAGAAACUGAUCUCUCCCUUGCCAUUUGCCCCGGGGAAUGGAGGCGUAAUCCAGGAACAAUGGCAGUCCGGUCAGUUGGAAAUUGAGGUUGUCCCCCAGGGAACCCUCGUAGAAAGGUUGCGCGCUGGCGGUGCCGGAAUUGGGGGUGUAUUUCUUGCCACCGCGGUGGGUACCAGGUUCGAAACAGGGAAGGAAAAGCGGUCUUUUGCCAACGGAGAGGCAGUACUGGAACUGCCCAUGAAGGCUGAUUAUGCCCUGAUUAAGGUAACGACUGCCGACACGCUGGGAAGCGCAAUUUACGAGGGAUCAGGACGUAACUGGGCUCCGGUCAUGGCUAUGGCUGCCAGGAUAACCAUAGCCGAGGCUGAACAUAUUGUGGGACCCGGAGAGCUGAACCCGGAGGGUAUCAUAUCUCCGGGUAUUUUCGUCAACCGUAUUGUAGCUGCCAACGACUAG